AUGGCCGACAAGCCAGCCGCACCCGAGGCACCGCCUCCACAGGAGGCGGAGCCGUCUCAAAACCCUGCACCCGUGAGCGGCGCUCCAGGUGAAACAGAGCCUAUCUCUCCACCACCACCGGCCGCCGAUGUUGCCCCAGAGGCGGUUGAAACGCCAACGGGUAAAGAGGAUACUUCUGCCGCUGUGUCAGAACCUCCCAAGGAAAUAUCUACUACAACCGAAACCGCAGCUGAAGCGACGGAAUCACCAACAGCUGAACCUAUAGUUGCUGAACAGCCUCCGCCUCCAGUUGUUGAAGAAGUUGCAGUUGCUGAGGUGAAACCCGCGUCUUCGGAAGCUGCACCUGAAACAACAGUUUCAGAGGAAAGCCCUGCACCAGUUUUGGAGCCAGCAGUUGACGAAGCGGCAGCUGCUGGAAUCACACCUCCAUCUCAGGACUCUGCACAAGUUGCUGAACCUUCACCCGAGGGUUCAGUACAGAAAGCUGAGGCACCAGUGGUUGAUGAGGCUGUGGUCGCUGAGGUGACGCCACCAGAAGCUGCACCGCAAGCGGAGGAAGCACCGACUGCUCCAGCGGUCGAAGAAACACCAUCAGCCGCACCAGAAGCCCCCAAAGAGCCGGCCAAACCUCUUGCGGAAGCAACGGGGAGUUCUGCAACAAUAAAGAUGGAGGUCACGGCGAGCGAGGUUGCUCCCGCGGUUCAAGACGUCGCCGAGGAACCAGUACCGGUGGUGUCUUGGAGCGUUGCUGAUGUCAUGGUAGCGGCGGGCGAGGUGACUGCAGAAGUUGCAGUACCGAAAGCCCAAGCAACCCCGGCGCCCCCACCGUCCCCUACACCUGACGUGCCCUCGGUGAAGCCGGAAGUCAAAGCCGCACCCCCUACAGAGUUGCCCAAAGUCGCACCCCCUACAGAGAAGCCCAAAGUCGCACCCCUUACAGAGAAGCCCAAAGUCGCACCCCUUACAGAGAAGCCCAAAGUCAAAGCCGCACCCCUUACAGAGAAGCCCAAAGUCAAAGCCGCACCCCUUCCAGCGCCUACAGAGAAAUCCAAACCCAAAGUCGCACCCCCUCCAGCAAAGAAGGAGAUACCUAAACCCAAAGUCGCACCCCCUCCAGCAAAGAAGGAGAUACCUAAACCCAAAGUCGCACCCCCUCCAGCAAAGAAGGAGAUACCUAAACCCAAAGUCGCACCCCCUCCAGCAAAGAAGGAGAAAGCAAAACCUCCUCCGGCGAAACUUCGUCCUCCUGUCCAAGUAACAGAGGAGACGAAAACAGUGACUUUUGCACCGGGACCACCCGAGGUCAUUUCCGAAACUUUUAUUGAUUUGCCUGAUCCCAUCUUUGUAAAGCCCGAGGUCGUGCAGGCUCCGGCAGAAGCCAAAGUCACCGCUAUCCGCACUUCUGUGACGUCUUCCGCCUCACCGGAAGUGAUGCGGAAAAUCCAGAAACUUCAGGCCAAAGCUCAGCCCCAACCCCCGCCACCGGAGGUGAAGGGCGUCAGGAAAGUCACCAGGAUCGUUACAGAAGAAAAGCAGCCAGAAGUAACCGAAGUUCGAAAAGUGACGAAGACAACUAUAGAGCAACCGGAAGUGACCGAGGUGCGUAGGGUGACACGCACCGUCGUUGAGCAACCGCCGGAAGUGACCGAGGUCCGCCGGGUGACCCGUACCGUGACCGAGCAGCCGGAGGUGACCGAGGUCCGCCGCGUGACCCGUACAGUGACUGAGCAACCGGAAGUGUCCGAGGUCCGCCGUGUGACCCGCACGGUGACCGCCCAGCCGGAAGUGUCCGAGGUCCGCACGAUCACGAGGACGGUGUCCGAGCAGCAGCCCCAGGUGACCCAGGUCCGGAAGGUGACCCGCACCGUGUCCUCCGGCGACCAGAAACCGGACGUGAAAACGACAACCUUCCGUACCGUCACUAAGGCAGAACCCCCAGAGGUACGCAAGACAACCAAAGUCAUGACAACAGUGAUGAAGGGCGAGCCUGUGACUAAAACUGAGACAAAGGUCGAGAAACUGGCCGUCAAACCUGAGACCAAGGUCCGCACAAUCACCAAGGUGGAACCGCCUAAAAUUGUUCGCAAAGUCGAAGUGAGAGAAGCGCCCCCUACCGUGAAGACAGUGGUGCGCAAAGUAGAGACCGCCCCAGAAGUCAAGAGAACGGUCAUUGAGGCACCUCCAAUGAAAGUUUACAAGAAGUUCACCCGGGUAGAGCCGUCGGGCCCGUCCCGUGUGAAGGUGCGCCGGACGGAGUUUGAAGCCGGGCCCGGGGACAUCGAGACCCGCAAACUGAAGCACCGCAUCAUCACUACCACCACCACUACCACUACUGAAGGUGGGGAGACCACAGAAGAUAUCGAAACACGGACAGAAGAAAGCACCGAAGUGGACGAAGGCAAGAGGGUCGGCAAAAUCACCACAUACAGACUUGAGGGCGAGCACCCCGUGCGGCGCGGAGAGGAACUGCAGAGGGACGAGGCUACGCUCAGGGAGGUGCGGCUGAACCGCCUGCGCGCUCGGUUCGAGGCCGGGGAACAGCUGACGGACGAGGAGAAGAUCUCCAUGCAGAGGAUGAUUGAGGAGGAGAGGACGUCCAUGCCUGGACCCGGGGUAUCAUGGGAACUACGUCAUAAGUUUGAGAAGGGCGAUGUCAGGAACGCGGAGCUGAACAUCCAGCGGGAAGUUGCCACCGAGGUGGUGAAGGACAGCUACGGUCAGCUCAUCCCCAAGUUCGACCGUGGAGAGGUCCAUACCGCUGAACCUACAUACCAAGGCGAGAAGCCAGAAGACGUACCGAAAGGCGUUUCUACCGUCUUCAAGAGGAAGUUUGAGAAGGGAAACGUGCAGAACGCCGAGUUGUUGGACUUCUCCGAGGAGGCUGUGGUCGCCAUGGGCGCCGCAAAGGGACUGAAGGGCCCAUUCGAAAUGAACGCCGACAUGGUCCACAACGCCGAGUUCAACAUUCAAAAAGAACAGUGUCCGCUCUACGACAGGUACGUGCCCGAAAAAAAGAAGUUCGAAAAGGGCGACGUAUCAAACCUAGAAUUCGACAAGAAACCAAAGAUCGAGUUAGCCAAAGAAAUCAAGUACAUCAAGUUUGAAAGGAAGAAGGCGGAACCUGUGGAACAAGAAGUUGGGACCGUCUUCACCAAGGACGUGCCUCCACCGGAAGUAAAGGUCGUCAAGGAAACCAUGAAGAAGAAGUUUGUCGUCGGCGAUGUCCACAAUGCAGAGUUCGAAGAACUGCAGAAGCAGUAUCGCCAAGAAACAGUGGGUGAACUACAAGAGGUACAGCUAGAGCGCAAACAAGCCGAGAAAGUCGAACAAGUCGUCGGCACCAUCUUCUACAAGGACCAGCCGUACGAAGUUUGCCAGGAUGUGGCAGGUCAGAUGCGACUGAUGUUCAGAGGCGAGGUCCACAACGUCGAAGCUGACGACCGCCCAAUACUGGAGAGAACUGAGGAGCUAGAACAGGUGAAGGAGGCCGUGCAGUCCGCAGAGCGGGUUGAGCAGGUGGUCGGCACGCUUGUCUACAAGGACAAGCCGUACGAAAUCUGCAAAGAUCUCGCUGGUGGCAUGAGACUACGCUUCUCGGAAGGAAACGUCUCGAACGCGGAGUUCGACUACAGAACCGUCAUAGCAACGCAGGAGGAGAUCGAACGCAUGCGCGUCGAACGGCUCUCCCAAGAGCAAGUCGACCAAUCAGAUGUCGGCACUCGUUACGACAGAGAUAUCCCUCCGCCCACAGUAGGAGUGGUGAAGGCCCACAUGGCUGAGAAGUUCAAGCGCGGAGAUGUACACAAUGCCGAGUUUGACCAAGCUGAGAAAGAGCGGACGGUGGGUGAACUCAAGUUCGUCCAAGAAGAGCGGGCCAAGGCCGAGCCGGUAGAGCAAGUCGUCGGCACCAUCUACUACAAGGAGGAGCCUUACGAAGUCUGCCAAGACGUCAACACGGGCACCAUGCGCCUGCGAUUCCUUCAAGGCAAAGCCUGGAAUGCCGAGCUGCGUGAAGUUGGAAAAUUGGAGCUUGCAGAGGAAAUUGAGUUGGUGAAGUCAUUGAGACGCCCGACUGGAAAGCUCUUCAUAGAACAGGCAGUUGGAACCGUGUAUUUCAAAGAUCAUCCCUACGAAAUCUGCAAGGACACGGCGGGAAAUCUUCGUCUUCGCUUCCAGAAGGGAGACGUCCACAACGCCGAGCUGGACGAGACGUCCCGUAUAGAGUCCAUCGAAGAGAUAGAACAGGUGAAACGGGACAGAGCAGGUGCCCAGCCCGUCGAGCAGGUAGUCGGUACGAUCUACAUCAAGGAGAUCCCCUACAACGUCUGCAAGGAUGUCACCGGAAGCAUGCGGCUCAAAUUCCGUGAAGGCGAUGUACACAACGUGGAAGUUGACGAACGCACGCAAUUAGAAAGGAUUGAGGAGCUGUCCACAGUCAAAGAAGCCCGUGCUAAAACAGUCACGGAGGAACAGAUUGUCGGCACAAUCUACUACAAGGACCAACCCUACGAGAUCUGUCGUGACGCCGCUGGACAGAUGCGGCUUAGAUUUCAAAAAGGGGAUGUCCAUAAUGCUGAAUUUGACCUACGAUCAAAGCUUGAAACUGUUGAAGAAAUUGAGCGAGUGAAAGAGGCGGUGCAGAGCGCCGAGAGGGUUGAGCAAGUCGUCGGAACGAUCUAUUUCAAGGACCAGCCUUACGAAGUCUGCCGGGAUACCGCGGGCUCAAUGCGUAUCCGCUUCCUCGAAGGCGACGUCCACAACGCGGAAUUCGACAUAGCGUCUCGGGAGCAGGUGGUACGAGAGCUUGCAGAAGUCAAGGAAUCCAUCGCCAGUGCCGAGAAGGUAGACCAAAUAGUUGGCACUGUUUACUACAAAGAUAAACCGUACGAAGUGUGCAGCGAUGUCUCUGGCGUGAUGAGGCUACGCUUCAGGGAGGGAGAUGUCUCCAACGCUGAGUUCGACAUACGCUCAAGGCAACAGGUGGAGGAGGAGAUCUCCAUGGUCAAGGAAGCUGUUUCCUCCGCCGAAAGAGUGGAACAAGUUGUGGGAACGAUCUAUUACAAAGACCAACCGUACGACGUAUGUCGGGACGUCACCGGGGCCAUGCGCAUGAGGUUCCGUACUGAAGACGUCCACAACGCCGAAUUCGACACGCGCGAAAGAGAGGAGAUUGAAUACGAGAUUCAACGUGUCAAGGAGGAACGUGCCCAGACGGAGUUUGAAGAGCAGAUUGUCGGCACGAUCUACUACAAAGACCAGCCUUACGAGGUCUGCCGGGACACUGUUGGCCGCCUGCAGAUCCGUUGGGGACAGGGCGACGUGCAGAACGCCGAACUCACCGACGUGGGCAAACUGAAACUUGCGCAGGAAAUAGAGGAAGUGCACAAAGAACGGGCAACCGCUGGGCGCAUCAAACAGGACGUGGGAGCAAUCUACGACAAAGAAGCCCCUGGACCAGAGGUGGGCAAAUUGAAGUGGGAAAUGCAGCAGAAGUUUAGAGAAGGCGACGUCUUCAAUGCUGAACUUGACCGCACGGAUUGGCUGAAGGCCCAACAGGAGAUUGAACGCGUUCGGAUCGAGCGCAAGGACUUCCAGCCUGAAGACCAAGUGGUCGGGGCCAUCUAUUUCAAGGAUCAGCCAUACGACGUCUGCAAGGACGUUACUGGAGCUCUUCGGCUUAUGUUCCGCACAGGCGAAGUCAUACAUGCCGACUUCGACGAGUCUUUCCGCCUCCAGGCGUUGGAGGAGAUUGAAGAGGUGCGGCGGGAGAGAGCUCAGGCUCAGUUUGAAGAGCAGAUCGUCGGCACGGUGUACUACAAAGACCAGCCUUACGACAUCUGUCAGGAUCUGGCGGGGAAACUGAGACUCAGGUUCCUGAAGGGAGAUGUUCACAACGCCGAGUUGACAGACGUCGGGAAACUGCAGCUUCAGCGCGAGAUAGAGGAAGUUGAGCGGGAGCGAGUCGGCGCACAGCCGAUAGACCAGCGUGUCGGGACCAACUACACACCAGAAAAGCCCAGCAAGGAUGUCGGGAAGGUGAAGUGGGCCAUGCAAAACAAAUUCAAGAAAGGCGACGUGUCAAACAUCGAGAUCGACAGGGAGUACUACCAACAAAAGGCCCAGGAAUUGGAGGAAGUCAAGGUGGGACGUUUGCAGUUCGAGCCUGUGGAACAGGUUGUUGGUACAGUGUACUACAAGGAGAUACCUUUUGAAGUCUGCAAGGACGUCGGCGGGCAGCUAAGGAUGCGUUUCCGAAAGGGCAACGUCAGCAACAUUGAAAUAGACGAAGAAGCCCGAAUGAUGACCUUGAAGGAGCUUGAACUGGUCCAGGAAGAAAGAAAGAAAGCCGUCUUUGAGAAACAAACUGUAGGGACUGUUUAUUGGAAGGAUAAGCCGUAUGAGAUUUGUAGAGACACAACCGGCAAGCUGCUCAUGCGUUUCCUAGAAGGAGACGUCCACAACGCAGAGCUUUCUGACGUUGGUAAACUCCAACUGCAAGAGGAGAUAUCAGAGGUUCAGAAAGAAAGAGCAAGCGCGCAGCCACUCAACCAGCAAGUUGGCACGAAUUACACCCCAGAAAAACCAUCCAAAGACGUCGGCAAAGUCAAAUGGACCAUGCAAGACAAGUUUAAGAAAGGCGACGUCAGCAACAUAGAGAUCAAUCGAGAAUACUACGAAGAGAAAGCCAAGGAGAUUGAGGAAGUUAAAGUAGGCCGUCUCAACUUUGAAGCGGAAGAGCAAAUUGUAGGCACGGUCUACUACAAGGACCGACCUUACGAAGUUUGCCGAGAUCUCGCUGGACAGCUGAGAAUGCGUUUCGCACAAGGAGACGUGAGCAACAUAGAAAUAGACGAAGAAACAAGAAGGAGGGCCUUGGAGGAGCUGGAGCUGGUCCGCGAAGAACGACAGAAAGCCGAAUUUGAAGAGCAGAUCGUAGGAACGGUAUACUGGAAAGACCAGCCCUACGAAGUCUGUAGAGACACCACUGGGAAACUUUUGAUGACUUUCCUGAAGGGCGACGUCCACAACGCCGAGCUUCGCGAUGUAGGGAAGUUAGAAAUCAAGCAAGAGAUCGAAGAAGCAAAAGAGAGAGCACAUGCCCAACCUCUCGACCAGCAAGUGGGAACCAACUACACUCCAGAAACUCCCGCUGACAUCGGGAAAAUCAAAUGGUCUAUGCAAAACAAGUUCAAGAAGGGAGAUGUAUCUAACAUUGAAAUUGAUCGCGAAUAUUAUGUCGAAAAAGAAAAGGAACUUGAAGAAGUCAAAGUCGGGCGUCUCAACUUCGAGCAAGUCGAUCAACAAGUCGGCACGGUGUACGAGAAGGACGUGGUGCCAGCAGCCGUCAAGGUCGUCAAGAAGGAAGCGUCGAGGAAGUUCAAGGCAGGUGGCGUCAGCAACGCCGAAUUUGACGUCUCUUCCCGUAUGGAGGCUCUCCAGGAGCUGGAGGAGGUCCGCACGGAGCGCUCGCAGAUGGAAUUCGAGCAGCAGGUCGUCGGAACCGUGUACGAGAAAGACGUCCCUCCCCCGGAAUGCAAAGUGCGUAAAGUCGUCGCCGAGAAAUUCAAGAAGGGCGAUGUCUCCAACAUCGAGAUCAACAGGGAGGUCUUCGAGCAGAAACAGAAGGAGUUGGAGGAGGUUCGCGUCGGCCGUCUGAGCAUCGAGGCGGAGGACCAGAUCGUAGGCGCGCGGUACGACAAGGAGGUGCCGCCGUCCAGAAUCGACACGGCGAAGGAAGCGAGGAUGAAGUUCCUGCAGGGACAGGUGUCCAACGCCGAGCUGGACGACCGGACCCGCCAGGAGGCGCUGGCGGAGCUGGAGUCGGUCCGGUCCGCCCGGCUGCAGAUGGAGGAAGUGCGGCAGGAAGUCGGCACCAGGUAUGACAAGGAUCUGCCGCCGCCCGAGUGCAGCCAAGUCAAAAAGAUCGUAGCAGCGAAGUUCAAGGAAGGAGACGUGCACAACGCCGAGUUGGACUUCCGCUCCAGACUCGAAGCAGAAAAGGAAAUAGAGCGUGUUCUGGUGGAGAGGCAGCAGUACGAGGACGAGGUACUUCCGGUCGGCACGGUGGUGGAGAAGGAACGCGCGGAUCUGGUCUGCAGGGACGCCUCGCGGCAGGUCAAAGGCCGCUUCGUCAACGGAGUGGUGGAGGACGAGCACGAGCACGACCCUGGUCUGAAGGAACGAGAAGAAAUCACCGAGGAGAUCCUGAUGAUCCGUCAGAGACAGUUGGAGGAGGAAGAGCGGCUGAUCAGGGAGCGGUUCGAGCGGGGCGAGAUCAUCAGCGAGGAGGUGAUCCAGAGGCUGAGGGAAUCCCGCAAGAGGAUCCAGGAGGAGAUCGAGGAGUACGUGUUGAGGACUCCGACCGAGAUCCGAGUGGUGUACGAGUCGGAGCCGAUCGAGAGCGACCUGCCACACGAAGGCGACAUGGAGGACGUCCCCGUGGUGCUCGGCAAGUCCAGGAGCGUUCGGAAGCGCUUCGAGAGCAUGGGGGGCGAGGAGGAGCUGGUCAUCAUGCACGUGCCCAAGGACAGGAUCUGGAAAGCGGCUACUGUCCUGCCAGGGAAGGAGUACUGCUUCGUGUGUGGGAAGCGCGUCUGGCCAAUGGAGAGGCUGAGCGCUGAUGACGUCACCUAUCACCGUGGCUGUUUCCGCUGCCAGAAGUGUAGCCGUUGCUUGAGCCUUCGCGAGUACGUCGCCUACAACGGCAACCUGUACUGCCGCCCUCACUUCUUCGAGAUCACAGGCCACCGCAGGGGCCUGUUCUACUUCUUCACGGACAAGUUGGAGGAGGGGAAAGCUCCGGAGCCCGUCAUCGAGAAGCCGCCGACACCCCCUCCCGAGCCCAAGAAGGUCGUGUUCACCCCCGCACCGGCACCCCCGCCUCCUAAGAAACACAAAGUGGUUAAGGUGGAGAUGAUACGGAACGCCAGGGUUCAGUUAGAGAAGCCCAGCGGCCAGUCUCCGCACCAAUUCCUCCCUCCCCACGUUCCCCCUACACCGCCCCCAAGGAUCGAACCCCCAAAGGUGAAGUUUGAGGAACCAACCCUGGUGCCCGCAGCCGAGCCCCGUAAAGUGACGGUUGGGCCCGUGGCCGGCACUAAGACGGUGACCAAGGCGGUCGUCCCCGAGCCAGUGAGGGGUCCCAAGGCUGUGAUCAUCGGACCCGUCGUAGACUCCCGAGAAGUGGCGACCGGUGGCCGACAGGUCUCGACCAAACGCGAGGAAAGCCGAGACGUGGCGAUCAAACGCGACGAAACUCGAAAGGUAUUCGUCGGCCCAGCCCAAGUGACCACAAAGGUUGAAACAGUGACGGGCGACCCGACCGUACAGCGCCACGUGGAGACCGGGCCCGUGGAGGAGGUACGGGAGGUCAUCACCGACCCAGACGGCACCAAACGCACCAUCAUCCGCCGCCGUGUCGUCAAGACCACCAAGACAACCACCAGCACCCCCGUCAUCACCAAACGGGUGGAAACCAAGACGCAAGCGGUCCGGUCUGGAGUAACUCGCACAGCUGAAAAGAAAGUCACCAUGUCCUCGAAGCAGGUGACGUCAUCAUCCGGAGAAUCUGUCGCCAAGGCAACCAAGACGAUCACCCGACAAGUCUCCCCUGGGGACGUGCGGGUGGAAACGCAGAUCAAACAAGCUCGUUCCCAGGAGAAAACGUCAGUAAGCAAACGUACCACAUAAAGAAGGUCGAGAAUAGAAAGCAGUUCAUAAAUUUGAUGCACAACAUUUCAAAGGAAAAACAAAACAAGAAUACGAAAUACGGAAAAAUGUGUGUGAUAAGUGACAACAAGGUCACCCUUCGAGAAAUCAUAUUUCAUAAUCGUCUAAAAAUGGCAGGCGUGAAAGGCAGUUUUGACGACACGACAUUCAACAAAAAAAUAUCAAUAAUGUUAUUUAUAUUAAGAACUCAAGUAUAACGUUUUGGCCUACUAUCUGAAGUGCCACAUGUAUCUGAUUAUGACGUCGUUUUUUCCAAAGCAAUUGCAAAAGCAACAAAGUAUUUACAUUAUCAAUAACUGAAUGUUUUUUUUCAUAUGAAUAUACUGAGUGGACGAAUAGUUACCGUUUUUGUGCUUCAUUUAGCUCAUAUAUCCAUAGGCUGUGUGUUAAUUUUCAAAAGUAUCUCCAAAGCAAUUUAAUAGUGACAUAUGAUGAUGAUAUAGCAAUAUCAAUAUAUCUAUCCAUUGCCUUGCCACCUAGGUGCCUACCAACUUGUGUGGGAUGAUUUUGUCCCAUAGAAGUGUGUUCUUACAAAAAUUGCUUAAACUCUAUUUACAGACUCUGCAUGAAGCAAAACAUGAAUUCAUGGAUGGAAGAGCUUUAUUUUAUGGCAAAAUCUUGAAGCUUCAUGCUAGAAACAGAGUUUGGGUGAAAACUAGCUUUGGCGAAAUACUUCUAUAUCCACGCAAGACGACGUGCCUCGAAUGUAACACAGCAAUCAAGUUUCUAAAGGCUAUGGAGUGACAUGAAUCAUAUGUAUGCUACUUUAAAACCCAUUUUGCUUUAUGUAUAUCCAGUAUGUGCAAUAGGAUUUGAAGAUUUAUCUUAAGUUAAACAUGUAUUUUAUGCUACAUCCAAACUGCUGACAUAUAGUGACUCGCUAGAGGGAGCAGUAGUACGGUAUCGUCAUUUUCAUGAUGUUUAUGUAAACCCGAAUUUGCUUUCAGUGCUUAAGUAAACGACAAUACUACUGCUGGGCUUGUUAAGGCAGUGUCAUAAAAUAAAAUCGACAUCUGAACUGUC